AUGGUGGGGGAGGGCCCCUACCUCAUCUCUGAUCUGGACCGGCGAGGCCACCGCAGAUCCUUUGCAGAGAGAUACGACCCCAGCCUGAGAACCCUGAUCCCAGUGAGGCCCCACGCAAAGCGGGCGCCCAACCCCGUGGAUGACGCGGGACUGCUCUCCUUUGCCACGUUCUCCUGGCUCACACCAGUGAUGGUGAGCGGUUACAAGCGCACGCUGACGGCGGACACCCUGCCCCCGCUGUCCCCGUACGACGCAUCCGACACCAACGCCAAAAGAUUUCGAAUGCUGUGGGAGGAAGAGGUGGAAAGAGAGGGUCCUGAGAAAGCCUCUCUGGGCCGAGUGGUCUGGAGGUUCCAGAGGACCCGCGUGUGGGUGGACAUAGUGGCCAACAUCCUGUGCAUCGUCAUGGCCGCCAUCGGGCCGACGGUUCUCAUUCACCAAAUCCUCUGGCAGACCGAGAGCGCCGCCGGGGACGUCUGGGUGGGCGUUGGCCUGUGCGUAGCCCUCUUUGCCACCGAGUUCACCAAAGUCCUCUUCUGGGCCCUUGCCUGGGCCAUCAAUUACCGCACGGCGAUCCGGCUGAAGGUGGCUGUCUCCACCCUGGUUUUCGAGCACCUCAUGUCCUUCAAGAUGCUGACACAUGUCUCAGUGGGCGAGGUGCUCAAUAUACUAUCGAGCGAUAGCUAUUCCCUGUUUGAAGCUGCCUUGUUUUGUCCCCUGCCAGCCACCAUCCCCAUCCUCAUGGCUGUGUGUGCGGUGUACUCCUUUUUCAUCCUGGGUCCCACGGCUCUCAUCGGGAUAUCUGUGCACAUCACGUUCGUCCCCAUCCAGGUGGUUAUGGCGAAGCUCAAUUCGGCUUUCCGACGAGCGGCAAUUUCGGUGACAGACAAGCGGGUUCAGACAAUGAGUGAGCUUGUGACCUGCAUCAAGCUGAUUAAAAUGUACGCCUGGGAGAAGCCCUUCACCAAGACCGUCCGAGAUAUAAGGCAGCGGGAGCGGAAGUUGCUGGAAAAAGCUGGGCUCGUCCAGAGCGGGAACUCGGCCCUGGCCCCCAUCGCGUCCACCAUGGCCAUUGUGCUGACGUUCACCGGCCACGUGCUGCUGGGCCACCGGCUCACCGCUGCCGUGGCAUUCAGCGUGAUCGCCAUGUUCAACGUGAUGAAGUUCUCCAUCGCCAUCCUGCCGUUCUCCAUCAAGGCGGCGGCCGAAGCCAGUGUCUCUCUCAGGAGGAUGAAGAAAAUUCUCAUAGCGCAAAGCCCCCCGUCUUACAUCGCCCAGCCGGAAGGCCCAGACACUGCCUUGCUUUUAGCAAAUGCCACCCUGACAUGGGAGCAAGACGCCAGCAGGACAGGCGACCCAAAGAAAGGGGAGACCCAGAAAAAACGUUUUCUCAAAACGCAGCGGCGGGAGGCCUGCAGCCCGAGCCCCGCGGCCCAGGGGGUCGCCAGCCUGGAGGAGCAGAGGGGCGGCGGCCAGGCGGCGCUGCGCAACAUCAGCUUCGUGGUGAGGAAGGGGAAGGUCUUGGGGAUCUGCGGGAACGUCGGCAGCGGGAAGAGCUCCCUCAUUGCCGCUCUCCUGGGGCAGAUGCGGUUACAACAGGGGGUCGUGGCGGUCAGCGGGACCCUGGCCUACGUGUCCCAGCAGGCAUGGAUCUUCCACGGAAGUGUACGAGAGAACAUACUGUUUGGAGCGAAGUACGAGCAACAGAGGUACCUGCGUGCGGUCCGGGUCUGCGCCCUGCAGGAGGACCUGAGAGGCUUGCCUUACGGGGACCUGACCGAGAUCGGGGAGCGGGGCCUCAACCUCUCCGGGGGCCAGAGGCAGCGGAUCGGCCUGGCCCGCGCCGUCUACUCCGACCGUGACGUCUACCUGCUGGACGACCCCCUGUCGGCCGUGGACGCCCACGUGGGGCAGCACGUCUUUGAGGAGUGCAUCCGGAAGACGCUCCGGGGCAAGACGGUCGUCCUGGUGACCCACCAGCUGCAGUUCUUGGAGUCCUGCGACGAAGUCAUUUUGCUGGAGGACGGAGAGAUUUGUGAGAAGGGAACCCACAAGGAGCUCAUGGAGGGGCGAGGGCGCUACGCGAAACUGGUGCACAACCUCCGCGGGCUGCAAUUCAAGGACCCCGAGCACCUUUACAACGCGGCGAUGGUGGAAGCCCCCAAGGAGAGCCCUGAGGACACAGAGGAAGGGGCUGUUCCGGCUCCAGGGGAGGAGAAAGAGGAAGGAAAAGAGCCUGACACAGACUCAGAAUUCUUAGGCAUCAAAGACUCUCUGCACCAGCUGGUCCAGACCAGAGCCCCCCGGGAAGGAACCGUGACCUGGAAGACGUAUCACACGUACAUUAAGGCGGCUGGAGGCUACCUCCUCUCCCUCUUCACUGUGUCCCUCUUCCUCCUGAUGAUCGGCAGCUCCGCCUUCAGCAACUGGUGGCUGGGCUUCUGGUUAGACCAGCGCUCCCAGGCGACCUGCGGGCCUCAGGGCAACGAGAGCUCGUGCAAGCAGGACGCCGUGCUGGCGGGCACGGGGCUGCCUGUGUUCCCGUGGGUGUAUGUGGGCAGCAUGGUGUCCGUGCUGCUGUUUGGCAUCGCCAAAGGGUUCACCUUCACCAAGACCACCCUGAUGGCGUCCUCCUCGCUGCACGACCACACGUUCGACAAGAUUGUGCAGAGCCCCAUGCGCUUCUUCGACGUGACUCCCAGCGGCAGGCUCAUGAACCAGUUCUCCAAGGACAUGGACGAGCUGGACGUGCGGCUGCCCUUCCACACAGAGAACUUCCUGCAGCAGCUCUUCAUGGUGCUGUCCAUCCUCGUGGUCCUGGGGGCCGUGUUCCCUGCCGUCCUGCUCGUCCUGGCCGGCCUGGCCGUCGGCUUCUGGGUGCUUCUACGCAUUUUCCACCGAGGGAUCCGGGAGCUCAAGACGGUGGAGAACAUCAGCCGGGCCCCCUGGUUCUCGCACGUCACCUCGUCCAUGCAGGGCCUGGGCGUCAUCCACGCCUACGACGGGAAGGAGGACUGCAUCAGCAAGUUUAAGACGCUCAAUGAUGAAAACUCCAGCCACCUCCUGUACUUCAACUGCGCUCUCAGGUGGUUUGCUCUGAGAAUGGAUAUCCUCAUGAACAUCGUCACCUUCAUUGUGGCCUUGUUGGUGACGCUGAGUUUCCCCGCCAUCAGCGCUUCGUCCAAAGGCUUGUCAUUGUCCUACAUCAUCCAGCUCAGCGGGCUGCUCCAGGUGUGCGUGCGGACCGGCACGGAGACCCAGGCCAAGUUCACCUCCGUGGAGCUGCUCAGGGAAUACAUCUCGACCUGUGUCCCGGAGAGCGCGCAGCCCCUCCAGGUGGGGACCUGCCCCCAGGACUGGCCCAGCCAGGGGGAGAUAACAUUCAGAGACUAUCGGAUGCGAUACAGAGACAGCGCCCCCCUUGUCCUCGACGGGCUGAACCUGAACAUCCGGAGCGGGCAGACAGUCGGGAUUGUCGGAAGGACCGGUUCCGGAAAGUCGUCUCUGGGAGUGGCCUUGUUCCGUCUGGUGGAGCCUGCCGGCGGCGCCAUCCUCAUCGACCAGGUGGACAUCUCCACGGUCGGCUUGGAGGACCUCCGGACCAGGCUGACUGUGAUCCCCCAGGACCCUGUCCUGUUUGUAGGUACAGUAAGGUACAACCUGGAUCCCUUUGAGAGGCACACGGACGAGAUGCUCUGGCAGGUUCUGGAAAGAACGUUCAUGAAAGACACAAUAAUGAAAUUCCCGGAGAAAUUAGAGGCAGAAGUCACAGAAAACGGAGAAAACUUCUCGGUAGGGGAACGGCAGCUGCUUUGUAUGGCCCGAGCACUCCUCCGUAAUUCAAAAAUCAUCCUCCUCGACGAGGCCACGGCCUCCAUGGACUCCAAGACCGACAGCCUCGUCCAGUGCACCGUCAAGGACGCCUUCGCGGGCUGCACGGUGCUGACCAUCGCCCACCGCCUCAACACCGUCCUCAACUGCGACCUCGUCCUGGUCAUGGACGGCGGGAAGGUGGUCGAGUUUGACAGGCCCGAAGUCCUUGCUGAGAACCCAGAUUCUGCGUUUGCGACGUUGCUAGCAGCAGAAAACAAAGUCCGACUGUGA